AUGUCUUGUAGCGUUACCGAGAGGGUUCCGGACAAUAGAGCGGCAGUUGUGGGUCCCCAAGGCACCGUAGGUCCUGUGGGGACGAACACCGUGGGAGGGUCAGGAUGUAGGCUAAGAGGCACGGCGACUUCGCCGAAUUCCAGAGGCAGUCUACCAACAUCGCAGAAUGGCCCUCAGUCGAGCAGUCAAGGUUCAUCCCUCAGACCGAAGCCGUGCUGUUUGUUGUGGUGCUGCUGUUGCAAAUGCCCAUGUUCUACACCGGGCAAUAAAUCGAAUGAAGACAACGGACCAGCGAGAAAUUCGAACAAUUCCGACACCGCGGCCAAUUGCGAAAUGGAACCACCUCCAUCUCUGGAAGAAAUACGCAGCUGGGGCAGAUCUUUCGAUAAACUAAUGAGAAGUGCUGCCGGUCGGAAUUACUUUAGAGAUUUCCUAAGAGGAGAAUACUCCGAAGAAAACAUACUGUUUUGGUUGGCUUGCGAAGAACUCAAACGCGAAACAAAUCCGGAAACCAUCGAAGAAAGAGCAAGAAUUAUAUACGAAGAUUACAUUUCCAUACUUUCUCCAAAGGAGGUAUCGUUGGACGCUCGAGUACGCGAAAUCGUGAACCGCAACAUGGUGGAACCCACUCCGCACAUGUUCGAAGAGGCACAGAUUCAAAUAUACACUCUCAUGCACAGGGAUAGCUAUCCACGUUUCAUCAACUCACCGUUAUACCGUACGUUGUCUCAACAACAGAGUGGUGCUUCGGGUCCCCAAUCUGGUGUGACAACGGCCAUGGUCACGACGGUCUCUUCUGGGGACCAAGACGGUUAA